UGCGCCGAAGACAGGGCGCGACUUCGCCACCAAUCGCUACUCAAACCUGGUUUUGAUGCCAAUCAACGACCAGAUCAUUGAACUGCAGACCAUUAUCAGAGACAAAACGACAUCCAGAAGUGACUUCAUCUUCUAUGCGGACCGACUCAUCCGUUUGGUUGUGGAGGAAGGGCUGAAUCAGUUGCCAUCGAAGGCCAUCGACGUGCGGACGCCUACGGGUGCCAUAUAUCACGGUCUGGAGUACAUCAAGAAGAGUAUCUGCGGCGUCAGUAUUGUCCGCAGCGGCGAAGCCAUGGAAAAGGGUUUAAGAGAUUGUUGUCAAUCGAUACGAAUCGGCAAAAUACUGAUCCAAUCGGAUGAGUUCACUCACGAGGCGCGUGUCGUGUACGCCAACUUCCCCGAAGACCUACAGGAGCGCAAAGUGCUGCUCAUGUAUCCCAUUAUGAGCACCGGGAACACAGUGGUGAAAGCCGUCAAAGUGCUUAUGGAUCAGGGCGUCAAACCUAAGAGUAUUAUUCUGUUGAACCUCUUCUGCACACCUAAUGCGGUCGCAUCGGUGGCCAAAACUUUCCCAUUGAUGACGAUUUUGACGUCUGAAGUGAAUCCUGUGGCGCCCAACCAUUUCGGACAGAAAUACUUUGGCACUGAUUAGUGAUCAGUAAUUUAUGGCCAGAUUAUGGCUUAGGUUUUCGAGUUUUAUCAUAAUUUUUAUAUUUGUUUUCAAUGAAAAGUAUUAUAAUUAAAAUAUAUUUACAUUUUA